AUGAAUAUAUUUAAGUCAAUAAAGGAAAGUCCAGGCUCAUGGCUAUUUAAAUCACCCAAAAGACGAAAGAAGGAAUGGCUUCAACGACAACUAAAUUUACGCCGAAAGAUGAGAACACAAACAUUUUCAUCUAAAAGACCGCAACUAAUCCGUCAUCGGGACAAUGCACCAAAUAGAUUGUUGACAUCGCCUAAACGGUUGGAGGCAAGUCUGUCAACAUCCCAAAUGGAUGGUAUCUCAACAGCUCAUGCUAGGAAUCAAACUCGAAGUUCAUCGGAGAGGAUUGCAAAAAGUCGAAGAAGCCAUCAGACAGCUAAAACAGCAAGAAGUAUUGUGGAAGAAGAUUUGACGAAACGCUUACAACAAAUGGAUUACAAGUUGACACCCACAAAAACUGCGAAAACAAGAUCUGAGAGAUCUGGAAGGUCUAUUACAACUUCAAGCGGCAGAUCAAGCAAUUCAAAAACACUAAAUAGCAGUAGUAGUGGUACAUCAGUAAGAAGUUCGAGACGUCGACAUGUGGAAUUUGUCGAAACGUCAAAAUCACCAUCUAGCCAAAGCCAAAGGACACGACAUCAGAAGUUCAAUAAACGAAGUUUUGCAAACAAGCCUAAAUAUUCCAACAAAAGUAACCAUCAGCUAUUACAGAGACAUCAGAAAAUGGAUGAAGAUAGCAAAUAUCACUCCCAAUCACAAAGUGUUAAUCAUAACAUAACUGAUAGCACUGUUACCGCUCGUAGUAUUUCGAGGCAAUCAAAGGGAAAAUUAUCAUCAGAAUCCGAAAAAGGAAUUUUAGAAUCCGAAGUAAAUGAGGGAAUUUCUGCACGAAGCUUAAAAGACAAAAGAGUGAUCAGUAAUAGACGAAAAAGAAGAAAAAAACAAUUAACAAAGGUAGAUGACUUACGAAAAAUGAAAAGCAAAGAAGAAGGAAAUUUGAAGAAGGCAUUAAACCAUCGAUUAAAGUUGGAGAAGAAAUUUGAAAAUGAGAAGGAAGAAUUUAUAAAAAGAAAGAAGAAAAAGAAGGAGAAGAAGACAAAAGAACAAUUAGGAAAACAUAAAAAGAGGACGAUUAAGCAUUUAUCAAAUACUUCAACUGAUGAUAAAGUAAAAAGAAGUUCAAUUGAAAGGUCAAAUGAAAAAUUAACCAAAACAUUGCCAUUGUCAUUUUCAAAAAGUAAAAAAUUAAGAAAAAAUCAUCAUGAUGAUAGAGAUUUUAGUCAAGAAAUGAUAAAGACUGCAAAAUUAGCUAAAAGAUUAACUCGUAAUGAUAUCAAAAAAUCUACCAAAGAAGCAAAGAAUAAAAUUUCAAAGAAAUUUAAUCGAAAUUCAAAUGUGAUCAUAUAUUCAGAUAAGGAAGAAAAAUCUGAUCGGAAAAUUUCCGCUUCUUCUAAAUCUAAUUCAGGAAGGAAUGGAAUAAAUACAAAAAGCAAAAUACGUUCGAAUCGUGCUAAUAAUGCUUCAGCAAAAACUAUCAUACCAAAGGACACUUCGUUAAAUCAUUUGUCACAAAUUCCUGAAAGGAAAUUAGAUUCAUCGUCACUUUCAAGUAAAUCUAAGACAUCUGAAACUAAAAAGGCUUCAAUGAAUCAGAAAUUCCGGAAUAAACCUAAAAAAGGCAAUGUCAAGAAAUUAAAGAGGAAAAACGGAAAAAAUUGA